GGUGCGCGCACUCUUAAUUGCCAUUGAAAUGAGUGAAAGAACGGGAUGGAAACAACCCACGUCGAGCAGUAGUAGUGGUAUCGGACGAUGUAACCUACGAGUAUGGGCAACAUUGGCCCUCCUAGUCCUGCAAUUCGGGGUUUCGACCAGCGGUCUCUGCAUGCACAAUACGAGGAAUAAUGAUGUUUUGACUUUAACGGAGCCAUAUGGAUUUUUUUGGAUUACCGACGGCAUAGACGAAUAUGCCGCGGAUGCCAACUGCUCCAUCCUCAUUGCCCCAGUCUGGGAUCAGCCGAUUACCGGCAUCGCCAUUGACUACAUUACCGUCGAAACCGAAGCCUGCUGCGACCACGCUUAUACGUAUGCGGGCGACACUCUUGAUGCUCCGGAAGUUGGCCGACAUAAUGGAACAGUCACCACACAGCUGCAGGUCAACGGGUCGACAGCAUUUUUCAAUUUUCAGUCAGAUGGAUCUGUCCAGCGGGAUGGAAUCAUCGCUUUUUAUCACAUCUUAGAUAUACCCGACAAUGAAAUACCUUGGGUGAACAUCUCGUGCCCUUUUGAUUGCUACGGACGCGGCCAAUGCGUUGAUGGAAAAUGCGUCUGUGAAGAAGGAUAUACCGGGGGACUGUGCAAGAACGAUGACAAUCGCAAGUUAUUUGCUCUGUACGACAACUGCCAGGGAGAUCACUGGCAGGCAAACUGGGAUCGGACAUAUCAAUCAAAUAUUUGCAACUUUACAGAUUGGUCGGAAUAUACCAUUGUUUCUACCUGGACAGGCAUUUCAUGCGCGAACGGUCGAGUCAGCAACUUGGACAUGCGAGACACUGGGAUGAAUUGCACGGGCAACGGGCUACCGAGAGACAGUUUGCCGCGAUAUUUGGAAACGAUUGACUUUACGGGAGAGUUAUUGACAGGCACGCUCCCUGGGGACUUGUUUCGAACACCAUAUUUGAAUCAACUCUUUUUAUCCAAUACAAGACUGGAAGGGGAGUUACCUGCUGAGGUUUCAUGGGCCACAGCGUUAAACACUCUUCUGUUGCAUGACAAUAAUCUGAUCGGCCCUCUCCCAGAAGGUCUAACACGCCUACCUCAACUCAACGAGUUAAACCUGGAAAACAACAAUUUCUUUGGUUUUGUCCUGGAUGACUUUGCAUAUUUGCAGCGUGCUAUCAUCCUCCUCGCUGGAAACCAAUUUUUCUGCCCAACGCCCAACAUAACUCGCAUCCAUUCCGUUACAUGUAAUAACAUUAGCCUGACUUCCGUUACCCCCAACACUGCUGUCAGUACCGGCGGGGACACGGUCGUGGUUCGCGGAGUGGGCUUCCACCCCGGUAUUCAGAUGAGCUGCGUUUUUGGUGGUAUCUCGUCGCCGAAAACGGAGGUGGUGGAUUGGAACACCAUUGUAUGUACAGUUCCACCACGUUUGGCAGGUGACACAUCGAUAGAGAUAUGGGCCUUUGGUAAAAAGGCUGCCACGAACGGACUGCCUUUUGAGCUUCUCAAUGAUUGUGCGCCUGGAACAUAUUUGAGUCCGACGAACAUGACUCAAUGUCUUGGCUGUCCUGAAGGAGCAAUCUGUGAAGGCGGGCAGACCCCUCCGUAUCCGAAAUAUGGCUAUCACAAGGCCGCAGACAUGGAUGUAUUUUUGCCCUGUUUCAUUCCAUCGGCUUGCCCGUCACGUAUGAACGGCGCCUGCAAAGCGGGUUUUACCGGUCCUCGCUGCAGUCAAUGUGAAGAAGGCCUGUUUCUCAAAGGACAAGAGUGCCUUGACUGUACCGGCUCGCGUGGAUUGGGGCCUAUUCUAAUCGUUUCUUUUGGAUUUGUGUUAUUGAGUGCGUUUGGAAUUUGGAUGGCUGUUACUGAUCUCAACCUCUCGUCAGGCACCCUGCUUCUUUUCUUGAUUCAAAUUUCUGGACUCAUUCUCAAACUCCCAAUGCGCUGGCACACUCUGUUUGGACCUCUCCACACCUUUUUGCUCAAUGCAAACGUCAACCUCGUAUCCCUUGGGCUCAACUGCGCUUUCCGGCUUACAUUUGAUGAAUGGAUGAGCCUACUGCUCUGUGUGCCGUUGAUUUUCCUGGGAAUCAUAUUGAUGAUGUGUUUUGCAUGGGUUGCUUGGGUGACGCUAAAGGGAGGGAAGUCUGCUAUCUGGGCGGUGAGAAGAGCAAUAGACACAACCAUCAAUGCUUCUCUAGCGUUGUCGAUUCUGGGUCAUGUUCCGCUGGCUGAGCAGUUUGUCGCUGUUUUUGAGUGUGCCACGGAUGUGGAACGCUCUUACAUGAUUUCGAACCCCCAAGUCAGUUGCUACACCCCUGAAUGGAAUAACAGCAAAAUGAAGGCAAUCCUCGGAUGCGUUCUCUACGCUGGCGGCAUUCCUGUCAUGUUAUUCUGCCUAUCAGUUGCAUUUCGGAAACGGCUGAACGACACAAAUAUUUUACACAGGUUUGGGAUCGUCUUUGAUUUAUAUACUGAAUCCUCCUGGUGGUUUGAACCUUAUCGCUCAACGUACGGAAUGGUCCUUAUGACGAUUCCCAUGGCAUUUGCAAACUAUCCGGCGUUCAUUGUGACACUUGGACUGGCUGUAAUUAACCUGGACAAGUUUGUGGUUAUGCGAGUUUCUCCUUUCCGAUUUCCUCACUCUAACCGUAUAUACAAUAUGAUCAUCUGGACACUCAACACGUUGAGCAUCGCUGGAAUAUUGUACUAUUCAGAAACUUUGACGGAGAGCCAGCAGCAUUUGAUUGGAGUAAUGGGUGUUGCGUCAUUUUCAAUAUCAUUAGCGGCAGUUAUUCACAGCCUCUUAUACGAGUGGCAGCUGCUAUGGUACCACGACCUUGUCAAAGUUCCGCUCUUGUCGAGGAUCCUCACUAGCCGAUUCUACUUGACCCUAUUCCCGCGACAUCUCACACCUCUAGGAAGACAAGAGACAAAGACCGGGCAAAGGCUUCCCGCGCUGCCUAGACCACCAAAGAUUCAAGUGUACCCGCCACUACUGUACGAAAGCGCGGAUUCAUUGCGCAAACGGAAGGGGAUUGAAAAUCCAGUUGAGUUGGAUAUUCAGAGAUCUGCGUUGGCUUGCGAUAUGGGGAAGGAGGCUAUAGAGAAGGGGACCCUAGAUUGCGAAGCCGGAGAACGGUUAAAAGGUUCUGGGUCCAGCGCUGCGCGAUGAGUAUUGAGAUAGAUGGUAGUUGGAAUUAGGUAUAGAACAUAC